GUAUUACGUUGGCGUCCGCCGUUCUUUCGCGGCUUCUUCUCUCUCUCUCUCUCUCCCUCCUUUGUCGUCAGUGGCCACCGCCGAAACAAGGAAGGCAGUUAGCUAAUCAAAACAAAGCAAGAGGACUGCACGCUUCGCUCCUGAUUCGAAUCUCGUAAUCCUCUUUCCUCAACGGCUCCGGUACCUCGUAGAGAUGUCCUUGCCGGCGUCGGCCGGAGUAGUAGAAGCGGCGCGGUGGAGCCGAGAGGACGAGAAGGCAUUCGAGAACGCUUUGGCGACGGUACCUUAUCCAACGAAUGACGAGGGCGCAGCGCCGGCAACGGCGGCGGAGGAUCGGUGGCUGGAGGCGGUGGGUGCUAGGGUUCCGGGCAAGACGAUGGUUGAAGUUAAAAAGCACUAUGGAUUGUUGGUAGAGGAUGUAAACGCCAUCGAUGGCGGUAGGGUUCCGAUUCCGCGAUACGCUGAUGAUUCAUCUUCGUCCCCAAGAAGCGGCGAGCAGGCAGGGAAAAAGCACUCCGGAUUUUCCGAUCGGAAGGCGGGGACUGGAGGAUUUGAUUCGGGAGGGCAGUGUAAGGGCGGUUCUAAAUCUGAUCUGGAGCGGAAGAAGGGAAUUCCUUGGACUGAAGAAGAGCAUAGAUUGUUUCUACUCGGCCUUGAGAAGUUUGGCAAAGGUGAUUGGAGAAGCAUAUCGAGGAAUUUUGUCGUGUCGAGAACCCCUACUCAAGUUGCAAGCCAUGCCCAGAAGUAUUUCAUCCGCCUAAAUUCAAUUAAUAGAGAUCGACGCAGAUCAAGCAUCCAUGACAUUACAAAUGUAAAUGGUGGCGACGCACCUACGUCGCAAGGGCCUAUCACUGGUCAGGGCAUUGUGAAUUCUGCACCAGCUGUAGGAUCCUUCAUUAAUCAGCCCCCACAGCCAAAUAUUCCUGCUAUGGGAAUAUAUGGAACACCUAUGGGACAUCCAGUUCCAGGUCAUAUGGUUUCUGCUGCCGUUGGUACUCCUGUCAUGAUUCCUCCUGGGCAUGCUCCUUAUGUUAUGCCAGUUGCUUAUCCAAUUCCUCCAACAAUGCAUCAAUAGCAUUAAAUUCUACUGAUUUCAUCCUUGU